UAUAAAGAGAAAAUAAACGAUAAAUAAGAAAAUAAAAAAUAUCAAUAAAUUUAAGAGAGUAAAAAAAUGGUGGGUUUGCGUCGAGCAAAGACACUACUUUUUGUAGUACUAGUGGUUAUGGCCACAACAAUAGCAAAUGGGGCUAAAAUGCUCAAAGAAAACGAUAAAGACGAACCAUCCAAAGGAAGCGGUGAAACAAUUGAUGUUAAAGCAUCAGGAGCCAAAGGAGACGGCAUAACCGAUGACAGUAAGGCAUUUGCGGAUGCAUGGAAAAAAGCAUGUGAAUCAAAAUCACCAAGCAAGAUUAAAGUGCGAAAGGGUAAGUAUUUGGUAAAGACCUUAGAGUUCAAGGGUCCAUGCAAAAGUGCCGUCACUUUCGAAAUGGAUGGCCAUAUAAUGGCUCCUUCUAAGGCCACUCCUGGUAAACCUCAUUGCGGAUGGAUUAAUUUCGAAAAACUCGAGAAUUUCAAUUUGAACGGGCAUGGAGCCAUUUUUGAUGGUCAAGGCGCCACCGCUUGGAAGAUCAAUGACUGUGCUAAAACUGGGAAAUGCAACACUCUCCCGAUCAACAUCCGGAUCACAGGUCUCACAAACUCGAAAAUUAAAGGCAUAAAAUCAACAAACAGCAAACUUUUCCACAUGAACAUUAUCAACUGUAAGAACUUAACGCUUGAGGAUAUUGGUAUCGAUGCACCUCCAGAGAGUCUUAACACCGAUGGUAUCCAUAUUGGAAGGUCUGAUGGCGUCAGAUUAGUACGUGCAAAGAUUAAAACCGGAGAUGACUGCAUUUCCAUAGGAGAUGGUACUGAAAAUUUUCUUGUCGAGAACGUAGAAUGUGGACCAGGACAUGGUAUUGCCAUCGGAAGUCUUGGAAAGUACCCUAAUGAGCAACCAGUGAGAGGAGUCACCAUUAGGAGAAGCCUCAUCAAGAACACUGAUAACGGUGUCCGCAUCAAGACAUGGCCUGGAUCUCCCCCUGGUAUCGUCUCCAACAUUCUUUUCCAGGAUAUCACAAUGGACAAUGUUAGCUUACCUAUUCUCAUAGACCAAGUGUAUUGCCCUCAUGGCCACUGCAAGAAAGGGGGACCAUCGAAAGUGAAGUUGUCGGACAUCACCUACAGGGACAUUAAGGGCACAUCAGCGUCAAAGGUGGCUGUGAAACUACUUUGCAGCCCAGGAGUGCCUUGCACUAAUAUUACUCUCUCUAACAUAGACUUCGUAUACACUGGUAAAAAGGGACCAGCUGUUUCGGCAUGUUCUGACGUCAAGCCUAAACUCAAAGGAAAGAUGGAACCACCUGCUUGCACUGAAAAAGCUAAACCGGAUUCUUAAAGUUAAAGUCCCUUGUCCACCAUUGAACCCAUCCAGUCUGGUUAAGACGCUUUGGUCAGGGUGCGAUGAAAAAGUUUAGAAAUAUGUCUUGUUUUUUUUUACCUUUAAAUGAUAUGGAUAUCUAAUAGAGAUAAUAGUCCCUUCAAGUUUGGAAUUCAUUAGCUGAAAGAGUGACACAAU